AUGGACGUAGUAUUGGCUGGCAGGGUUGGACCCACCACCAAGAAAGCCACACGCCCAACUCACAAGAUACCGCAAUCAUUGGUUGAUAGUGUCCGGGUCGCUCACAAGGAAGAAUUUAACCCCAACAAGCGCCUGUGCUUUCAACCCCCCGAGACAGUUUAUACGAUGAAGGAGAUUGGCCUUGAAGGGCAUGGGAUAUCAUCAAUUGCUGCAUCGAAGCCUUUCCCUCUCUUCACAGCCGAGGCAAUCAAGCAGAUUCGAGCCGAAGUUUUCAGUGAGCCAGUCCUUCAGGAUUGUCAGUAUACCUCGUCUUUCACUAAGAAUAUGAUAAGGGAGCUACUUGUCUAUGUUUCUCAUGUCGCAGGUAUCGAUCUUACCUGGUGUUUCGACUAUGAGAUAGGCAGUGUCAAUAUCUCGGUAGAGGAUCAGGAAAAACAAGAUACCAAGGACAACGAUUCAACCGCUUUCGCAUGGCACUACGAUAGUUUCCCCAUCGUGUGCGUGACGAUGAUAUCGGAUUGUGAGGGGAUGACUGGCGGGGAAACUGCAAUGAGAACACCAUCUGGGGAGAUCAAGAAGAUCCGCGGACCAACUAUGGUAGGUAAAUACCCGAAACAAAGCGUUCUUUCGGAACUGCAAUCAUUCUCCAGGGUCGAUAUAUUCGCGCACCAAGCGCUGAAAGCCCUCGGCGGUCGCGAGCGAACCACCAUGAUCACUCCGUUCAGACCAAAAUUCCCAAUGAUAAGAGAAGAGAGUGUUCUCACGACUUGUCGAGCCAUAAGCAAUUGGUCUAAACUUUAUCAUGGGUUUACUGAGUACCGACUGGAGCUUUUGGAGGAGCGCUUUCGUGCCAAAUUGAAGGAGGAGAGAAAAGAGAACAGGCAAAGCGGAAGUUUAAUGUUCAAGAGAUGCGUCGUUUUCUGA